AUGGCUACUCCUCAAGUGCACCACCUGUUCCACGCCCCAAUUGCCGACCACUCCUUCUCAUCGGACCGCCAGACCCUCGCCGUCGCCCGCGACAACAAUGUGGAGCUGUACCAAUCGUCAGGCAGCAAGUUCACCUUGAGCGACGAGUUGAAGGGCCACGACAAGACUGUCACUAGUGUCGACAUUGCGCCCAACAGCGGUCAUAUCGUCACUUGCUCGCAAGACCGUAACGCCUACGUCUGGGAAAAGACCGCUUCUGGCUGGAAGCCCACGCUCGUUCUUCUCCGAAUCAACCGUGCCGCAACCUUUGUGCGUUGGUCGCCCUCGGAGCAGAAAUUCGCCGUCGGCUCCGGAGCCCGCGUGAUCGCGGUCUGCUACUUCGAAGAGGAAAACGACUGGUGGAUCUCGAAGCAUCUGAAGAAGCCGAUCCGCAGUACCAUCACCACUCUUGCCUGGCACCCGAACUCGGUUCUUCUGGCUGCCGGAUCCACCGACUCUCACGCUCGUGUUUUCUCCAGCUUCAUCAAGGGUAUCGAUCAGCGCCCGGAGCCCAGCGCCUGGGGUGAGCGUCUCCCGUUCAAUACCAUUUGUGGAGAAUUCCUCAACGAUACCGCUGGCUGGAUCCACGGUGUCUCUUUCUCCCCCAGCGCCUCCCGCGCGAUGCUCAACAUCUCUACCCGUCUGCUGCCACUCAACAGCCUGAUCUGGAACGGCGAAAAUGAAAUCAUUGCUGCUGGACACGACUGCGAGCCCUUCCGCUUCCAAGGUGACGAGAAUGGCUGGCAGCUGACUGGCUCCUUGGAGAAGCAGGGUGGUACCGGAGCCACCGGUGCCCGCGAGGAGUCUGCCUUGAACAUGUUCCGUCAAAUGGAUCUCAAGGGUCAAAGCUCCGUAGACACCAAGCUCAAGUCCACUCACCAGAACACUGUGAACACUAUUCGUGUCUUUGAAGAAUCCAACGGACAAGUCAGCUCUUUCAGCACCAGCGGUGUUGAUGGACGCGUUGUCAUCUGGUCUACUUAG